AUGUACCCCCACCACAUGGCGCCCCCCGGGCCCGCGCCCAACACCCCCACUCCCGCCCCCACCCCGCACCGGCGCAAAAUGUCCCCGGGCGAGCGCACCCUCCACGACCUCAACCUCAGCCUCAACAUCACGCGCCUACACGCCGAGCUCGCCGCGCUCGGCGGCACCCUCGCCCGCUACCGCUCCUGGCUGCACACCAUCCCCGCGCACAAGUCCUACGCGCCCGCCUACUACGCCUAUCUCUGCCGCAGCUACCCCAGCGAGUCCGCCGAGCCAGACUACGAGAAGGACGCGGCCGAGAAGGCCUUGUCCCGUGUUGCGGAGAUGGAGGGCGAGAUUGCACGGUUGGGGGUUUUGGUGGGAAGGUAUGAGGCGGCGCUGAAGGACUCGAGGCGCAUUAUGGAGGAGGAGGGGAGGGCGCUGAGGGAGGGGUUGAGCUCGUAUCGGGCUGCGUUGGAGCCGUUGAUGAGGAAGGGGGUGGAGAAGCAGGUGUUGAAGAUGGGACAGGGCGUUCCGGCUACGGAGCCGGAGGAGGGAAAGGCCGGGGAAGGAGAGGUUGACGGGGAGCACGACGAGGACGACGGCGAAGGCCCGUUCCCAGCCUCGGGGAGCUGGGCGGGUUUGUUGGCGCUCCCUAUCUGGUGA